UUUGUUUUAUUUUAUUUUAUUUUUUUCAUUUUACUUUUAUUUCUGCCUUUUAUGCGAUCAAUACAGAAGCUCAUACAAUUUUGGUCCCAGUCUUUGCAAUGGUUUUUAAAACAUGAAUUUGUUCUACUGCCAUGGCAGCGUCAAGAACAGCUCCGAAACCGAAAGGUUUACUGUCAUCCUUGUUCGCACACCGACGAAGACCCACAACUUCUCUUGAAAAUCCCAUCAAAAUUCCAUCUUUGUUCACCAAUCCUACUACGACACCCACUUCUUCAAAUCCCGAAAGGAUAACUUCCAGUGAUCCAAUUGUUCACACCCAGCUCGAGAAAUUCCUCACAACAAACUGUAAGUCGGGAAAUUUUACUCUUAGUGAAGCUCUGAAAUACUUUGAUAUCAUGAUUCACAACCAGCCCAUUCCUUCAUUGUCAUCAUUCAAUAUUUUAUUAAGUGCACUGGCUAAGAGAAAGCAUUAUAAUCAUGUUUUAUCACUUUAUACUAGAAUGAAUUUGAUUGGGUUACUGCCUACUUUCAUCACGCUCAAUGUUUUGAUUAAUUGCUUGUGCAAUGUCAAUCGGAUAUGUGAUGGUUUUGUGGUUUUGGGAAAUAUGAUGAGGAGAGGUUUUAGACCUGAUAUUGUCACUUAUACAUCCUUGGUCCAGGGCUUGUGUGCAGAAAAUAGAAUUUUUGAGGCAACCAAGUUGUUUAUGAAAAUGGUGAAGUUAGGGUGUAGGCCUGACGCAUUUACUUGUUCUAUUUUGAUUAAUGGGUUGUGUCAAACUGGAAAUACGAGCAUUGCAGUUAAGUUGCAUGAAGGAAUGACUGACAUGAAUAGUGGAUAUGGCAUUUAUUGUAAACCGGAUCAAGUUUGGUAUAAUACUAUAAUUAAUGGGCUUUGUCAAAAUGGGAUGGUAGAAAAGGCAAAAGAACUUUUCUCGGAAAUGAAAGAUGCAGGGUUUCUUCCUGAUGUAAUGGCUUAUAACCCUCUAAUACAUGGUUUGUGCUAUGAUGGAAAAUGGGAAGAGGCUAAUGGUUUGUUUACUGAGAUGGUAGAUCAAGGGGUCCGGCCUGAUGUGGUUACAUUCAAUGUGUUGAUAGAUCUGCUUUGCAAGCAGGGAAAGAUGCAAGAAGCUAAUGAUUUUCUAGAACUGAUGAUUCAGAGCGGUGAGAAUCCCGACUCAUUUACGUACAAGAGUUUGAUAAUUGGCUUUUGUAUAUCAGGUAGGUUUGAUGAAGCAAAGGAACUUUUCCUUUCUAUGCCAAGUAAAGGGUUUAAAACUGAUUAUAGCUUCAGUGCGUUGAUUAAUGGGUAUUGCAAGAAGUGGAAGACUGACGAAGGUAUGGAUCUUUUCAGGGAAAUGGUUCAUAGGGGAAUUAGGCCCUCAGUUGAUACAUACAAUGCUUUAUUAACAGGUCUUUUCCAGGGAGGUAAGGUUGAAGAUGCUCACAGGUUGCUGAACGAGAUGCAAGUUCAAGGCCUAGCACCUAAUUCAGCUACUUAUACUAUAUUUUUGGAUGGGCUUUGCAAGAAAGAUUGUGUUCCAGAGGCCUUGGAACUUUUUAAUAAUUUGAAAACCUGUCAGUUUAGACCCAGUAUUGACAUCUUCAACUCUCUCAUUAACGGAUUGUGUAAAUCUGCAAAGCUUGAAAUCGCUCUGGAGCUGUUUAAACAAUUGCCUUGCAUGGGUCUGGUGCCUGAUGUUGUAACAUACAACAUCAUAAUCAAUGGCCUUUGCAAAGAAAAGCUAUUAGAGAAGGCAAAUGGUUUGCUUUUAGAAAUGGAAGAAAAGGGUUGUGCUCCAGAUAUUGUUACAUACAAUACGCUAAUGCAUGGUUUUUUGGAAAAUAGUAAGUCUUCAAAUGUGGUUGAACUUCUCUGUAAAAUGGCGGAGAAAAAUGUAUUACCAGAUGCCUUUACAUUCUCCAUUGUGAUAGACUUGCUCUCGAUGGACAAAAAUUAUCGUGAAUGUUUAAACUUACUUCCAACUUUUUUACCCCACAAGAACCUGUAUUUAAAGUCGGUUACAAAAAAAUUUGGCCACCCUCGAAACAUCGAGCGUUGUACUGCCAUGGCGGUGUCAAGAGCUGCUCGAAAAGGUAAAUUGUCAUCUUUGUUUGCAGACCCACAAAGGCCCACAGCUUCAAAUUCCUUAACUUCUCCAGAGAAUCCCAUCAAAAUUCCAUCUUUGUUCACCAAUCCUCCUCCAACACCCACUUCUUCAAGUCCCAAAACUUCAUCCCAGAGGAUUACUCUCAAUGUUUCAGAACGGACCCAACUUACGAAAUUCCUCAAAAAGAACUGUAAGUCAGGAAAUUUUACUCUCACCGAAGCUCUGCAAUAUUUUGAUGACAUGAUUCAUAUGCAGCCCAUUCCUUCAUUAUCAUCAUUCAAUACUUUAUUAGGUGCACUUGCUAAGAGUAAGCAUCACAGUCAUGUUUUGUCACUUUAUACUAGAAUGAAUUUGAUUGGGUUGCUGCCUAACUUCAUCACGCUCAAUGUUUUGAUUAAUUGCUUUUGCAAUGUCAAUAGGAUAUGUGAUGGUUUUGUGGUUUUGGGAAAUAUGAUGAGGAGGGGUUAUGAACCAAAUAUUGUAACUUAUACAUCCUUGGUCAAGGGUUUAUGUGCAGAAAAUAGGAUUUUUGAGGCAACUAAGUUGUUUAAGAAAAUGGUCAAGUUGGGGUUUCAGCCUAACCCGUUUACUUGUUCUAUUUUGAUCAAGGGGUUGUGUCAAACUGGAAAUACGAGCAUAGCAGUUAAGUUGCAUGAAAAAUUGACUAACAGGAGUAGUGGAUAUGGCGUUUAUUGUAAACCGAAUCAAGUUUGGUAUGGGACUAUUAUUGCUGGGCUUUGUAAAAAUGGAAUGCUAGAAAAGGCAAGAGAACUUUUUUCGGAAAUGAAAGUUGCAGGGAUUCUUCCAGAUGUGUAUGCUUAUAACUCUCUGAUACAUAGUUUGUGCUGCAAUGAAAGAUGGGAAGAGGCUCAUGGUUUGUUUACUGAGAUGGUAGAUCAAGGGGUACGGCCUGAUGCAGUUACAUUCAAUGUGUUGAUAGAUGUGCUUUGCAAGAAGGGAAAGAUGCAAGAAGCUAAUGAUUUUCUAGAACUGAUGAUUCGGAGGGGUGAGAAUCCCAACUCAUAUACAUACAAUAGUUUGAUAAUUGGCUUCUGUAAAGCAGGUAGGUUUGAUGAAGCAAAGAAACUAUUUGUUUCUAUGCCAAGUAAAGGGUGUGAAACUGAUAGUCAUAACUUCAGUGCACUGAUCCAUGGGUAUUGUAAGAAGUGGAAGAUUGAGGAAGCUAUGGAUCUUUUUAGGGAAAUGAUUAGCAAGGGAGUUAUGCCAUCAUUAACAACAUACAAUGCCUUAUUAACUGGUCUUUUCCAGGCAUGUAAGGUUGAAGAUGCACGGAGGUUGCUGAAUGAGAUGCAAGUUCAGGGCCUGACGCCUAAUUCAGCUACUUAUACUAUAUUUAUGGAUGGGAUUUGCAAGAAUGGUUGUAUUGCAGAGGCCUUGGAAUUAUUUCGUAAUUUGGAAAACUGCAAGUUUGGAUUAAGUAUUGACAUCUUCAACUCCCUCAUUAAUGGAUUGUGUAAAUCUGCAAAGCUUGAAAUUGCUCUGGAGCUGUUUAGCCAACUGCCUCGCAUGGGUCUGGUGCCUGAUGUUGUAACAUACAACAUCAUGAUCAACGGCCUUUGUAAAGAAAAGCUAUUAGAUAAGGCAAAUGGUUUGCUUUUAGAAAUGGAAGCAAAAGGUUGUGCUCCAGAUGUUGUUACAUACAAUACGCUGAUGCGUGGUUUUUUAGAAAAUGGUGAGUCGUCAAAAGUGGUUGAAGUUUUUCAUGAAAUGGCGAAGAAACAUGUUUUACCCGAUGCAUCUACAUUCUCCAUUGUAAAACUUACUUUCAAUGGAUGAAAAGUAUCAUGAAUGUUUAAACUUACAAGUAUUACCUCACAAGAACCUUUAGAAAGAUGGCAUUAUUAAUUUAAAGUCAUUAACAUGUGCUUUCAGCAGAAUUCAUGAUCCAAUCUCCCAGUUGUUAUUGUGUUUAGAGUGAAAAUGCAAGUAAUGAAUUUAACUAAAACGAUUCUCAUGAGGGCAAAUCAAUUUGAUUAGUAAGGAUUGGAUUUGUAUGACUCGACUGAAUAUGUUUAUGCAUUGACACUAACAUGAGCUUUCAUCAGAACUUCUUCACUGGGAAGCACUUUGAAUGAAGGAUAUUUCUUCAACUGGAACAAUGGAAUUUUAAAAGUAUGUUUCCUUAAUGCAAACUCCAAGCUGUUAGUGUGUUUAAAUGUUAAAUUCAAGGGGUUGAUGGGAUUAACCAGUCAGAUUCCCAUGGAGUAUAUAUGAAGGAUUGAAUUUGUAUGAUCUGUCUGAGUUUGUUAUUUGAAUCAAGAAGUUUGCAUUUAAAACAUGAAGACAUAACACAGGCAUGGAUUGUUUUCUGGAAGGCUUGGGUCUUGGAUCGAGCCCAUAGCUUGACCCUAGAACCAAGAAGACUUCUGCCACUUGAUCUGUCCCUCACUGGACAAAUAGUGUGUGUAUUGUAUCUAUUGGUUGCUUGAGCUACGAAUAAUGGUAAAUAGUAUAGUUUUGAACAAUAAAUCACAUCUUUAUUGAAGCACUUCAGCAUUGCUCUGUUUUCCUUUGAUAAAAGGACCGAUCUACAGCAAUGCUACCAAAAUCUGGACAUUCUGUUGGACUUGAUAACUGUAGCCCAGGUAUAAUAUGUGAUCUGAUAAUCCAUGGCUUUGAAGAUAUCAUAUGAUGCUGGCAUUUGAAUUUUAUCUUUAUCAUUUUCAUGGAAAAAAGUAGCUGAAAUCUGAAAUUUGAUUCACCAAAGUUGAUCUGGUUUCACUUGUAACAGAACAGAAACAUAGUACGCCAGUCAGAUGCUAACCAAGGUUAACUAUUUUGCUCUUUAUCACUCUUGCCAUGUUUGGAUUGUAGCAGAUCCUAGACAGGUAUUUGUCAUUUUAAGGUUGUGUUUCCCAAAAAAAAAAAAAACAAGGAAGACAAAACUCCACUGCUAUUUCACUAUUUGUGAGAGAUUUCGACGGGGAAUUUAGGUCGGUGGCUUGUAUGGUGGGUGUGUUUGUGGCCUACAAUUUCAAUACUUUCUCUCUCUCUCUCUCUCUCUCUCUCUCUAUAUAUAUAUAUAUAUAUAAAUAGAUAUAUCAAUGCUUUCUCAGAUUCUUUUUCAUUGGCAUUUCUAAUUAGUAUUUAGUAUCAUUAAGAGAUUUUAUUUUUCAUUUUUUUAUUUUUUGAAUAGAGAUUCAUUAAUUCACGAAAAGCCUCUAAAACAGAGGAUUGCAUUGAAAAUGACCUCCCAGUCUAUCAGUAGCUGCCGUAUCAAUUAGAGACCUUAAUACGUGUAAGCUAGCUCAAACUUCUUCCAGGUGAGCAUCAUUGUAUAUAUGUAAAUAUAUAUAUAUAUAUAUAUAUAUAUAUUUGAAAAUACUCUAUUGUGCUGUUGAUGGAAAAUAAUUAAUAUAUAUUCAUAAUACUCUACUUAAUAAUACUAAUUAAUGAGUAUGAGAUUAAUUAUCCGAAAACGAAAAUCUCACUUACUAUUAAAUUUGUUUUUAUUUAUGUGUGUGUGUGUGUGUGUAUUUGUGGUUGGGAGGGUGGGGAAGGGAGUAUACACGAAACACUAAAUCUAUCAAAUUUUCAAAAUGCGAUGUAUAGGGAACUGUAUCUUCAACUUCUUCUCAUCCCUAUUGAAGCGUUUGCUUCUCAUAUAAAAUAUAUAGUGAGUGAUAUAUUCAUAAAUACAUAGAGAAACAAGAAUUGCAUUUUGUAAACCAUAACCUCCAUUGAGUUUAGCAAAGUUUGGCAAAACAGCCAGCUACAAGGUGGUUACUGGUGGUGCAUUCUUGAUCUUGCUACUUGGAGAUACCUCCCUUGCUGCGAGAUCUUUAAAGGCAACUAGAAGUGGUGGUGGUGAAAGAGAUGGAGGUGGUGGACGCGGUGCUUCAGGCAUUGGCGGCUCUGGGUCGGGAUAUGGCUCAGGGGGUGGUUUGGGUUAUGGUGGUGCAGAUGGGGGAGGGUAUGGUAAAGAAGGAGCAGGUGGAUCCUGGUCUGGAGGUGGUAAUGGGUAUGAAUACUGAAGCAUAUAUUGUAAGCGUAUUAAAUGUGCUUCAUGAAUGUUUUGUGUUUGGAAACUGAAGCCUAAUGCAAACUACUCUACUUGUCUUUAGUUAAUACAGAUUGAUAAAAUGGAAAAAAAGUUUAUGUUUGUAACUUUCGAAUUUUCAAUUUUAAGUUAGCUUUUAUGUGUUAACAUGAAAAUUUUGACCAAUGGUUGCAUGUAACUCACUGGAUGCAUAUUAUUAUGAGGCAAAGUUUUCAAUAUUUUGGAAUAUCUAUAUAUAUUCGGUUUUUGAAAUAUUGGGUUUGAAUAUUACUUAAGCCAUGUGUGACAGUGAAAUAUCAAGUGAUAGCAGCGCUUAGAAAGAGCGGUUCAUGAUUCUUCGUAAAAGAAUGGAAAAAGGCGCUUCUAUAGAUGAUACCGUGUUGCUCAAGCAACUUCGUACCUCAGGUCCUACUCCAUUCCCGAACCAGCAACCCCUAAGCAGCAAGCAGAGGAUGUAGAGGAGAGGAGAGGUAUUAGAACUACUACACUAAUGGAGACCGAAAUUGGAAAAAAGAGAUACCAAGGGAGAGGAAUAACCAAUCGAUUGAAGGAACAUGAAACCAUUCUGUUCAAAUAGAGGCCACCUCUCCUCUCUGCUUCUUCUGCUAUACCUCUACUACCUUUCUUUUUGAUGGUGGGUAUGAUAUAGAGUUAAAAAAAAUAUAAAAUAUUGAGGGGAGGCCCCAUUAUCCUUCUUAUUUUUUCUUUUUCUUUCUGUUCAAGCUUUACAUGAUAAUGAUGUCAAUAGUUCAACAUAUAAAAGAUUAGUUUAAUUUCAUUCUAUAUAAAGUAUGCUCUGUUCUUUUUCU